CAACUAAUGAAGCACAGUGUCAACGCAAUGGCCGGAGGUCACGGUGCAGCCCGUUAUAAUUCAACAGACCUACCAAAACUCCCGGCUCCACAACCAAUUAAAACGCUGAAACACUUCCUGGACUUUGCACAAGCGUUGCAGUCAAAAAAGGAAUUUCAAGAGACAAAACAGAUUGUAAAUGAUUUUGUGGUUAAGGAUUUGCCGAAAUUGCAAGAACUGCUGCAGAAACGAGCCGACGCACUUCCGAAUUGGCUCACACCAUGGUGGCUCAACAUCGCCUACCUAGCUGCUCGUACCCCACUUCCAGUCGUCACAUCUCCAGGAGUCAUGUUCCCUAAAUUUGACUAUAACACCGAGGAGGGACAACUGGAAUAUGCAGCAAAAAUCAGCCAAGCCGCUGUCCACUUUUACCUUCGAGCAAAAAAUAAUCAGUUGAAGCCUGAUAUGGCAGGAAAGUCGCCGCUUGAUAUGAGCCAGUACCAGUUCUUGUUUGGAACAACUAGGGUACCUAAGGUUGGCGUAGAUGAGAUUAGAUAUGGAUGUGACUAUAAGGAGAAAUUGCAACACAUUUUAGUGAUUAGAAAUGGACAUCUCUUCCGCGUCCAAGUCCUAGACUCCAACGAGCAGCCACUCUCAAUUUUUGCUAUUACUCAGCAACUGGCAAAAGUCGUUUCAGAGAGUCAAACUCCAAACCCACAUCCAGUGGGAAUUGUCUCCUCCGAUAGUCGCGACAAAUGGGCAAAUGUAUACUCAUCGCUGAAAAAGGAUAACAACAACGCGAAAUCCCUGGAAGCCGUCGAAAAAUCGUUGUUCGUAGUCUGUCUUGACAAAGCUAGUGAACCACCAGUUGGCUACACGGAGAAAGAUGAGCAAAGUAGGCAGGCACUGCAUGGUGGCGGCUCCAAAGUGAACUCGAGCAACAGAUGGUUUGACAAGACUAUUCAGUUUGUCAUCGGAACAAAUGGCUACACCGGAAUGACGUAUGAGCACACUCCAGCCGAAGGACCACCAGUCGGUGCACUCAUGGAUUUUAUUUGUGAUCAAUUUGAUGCUAACACAUUCAUUACUGAAGGCACACCUUCCAACUCCCCAGUGCAACGUCUCGAUAUUUCCACUGACGAGGAAAUCAACAAAAGAAUCGCCAAGAGCUCCAAGAACAUGGACAGCAUCGCCGAGGACCUUGAUAUCGUCGCGUUCACGUUCAAGCCCUACGGAAAGAAUUUCCCGAAAUCCUCAAAGAUCUCGCCCGACUCGUUCAUCCAAAUGGCUUACCAAUUAGCUUUCUACCGGAUCCACUCAUCGCUUCCACCAACCUACGAGACGGCCACUUUGCGUAAAUUCACCGAGGGUCGAACCGAGAACAUCCGAUCUCCGAAUACAGCUGCAGCAUCAUUUGUCAAGAAGAUGGUAUCUAAGCCUCCUACGCCGGUUAGUGAAAUCUACGAUGCACUUGUUCACGCAACAAAUUCGCAUAAAAAGUACACCAUGGAUUGUAUGGAUGCAGCUGGAAUGGACAGACAUUUAUUGGCAUGGAAGUUGAUCGCUACUGAAAAUAAUCUCCCAACCCCAGAAAUCUUCGGUUCCAACAUCUACCAACAACUCAACCAUUUCCAAGUCUCCACAAGUCAAGUUCCCACACGGCAUUUCAUCCAAAUGUGCUUCGGACCAUCUGCCCUUGAUUGCUAUGGAAUUUGCUACAACCCACAGGAAACUGAACUUCACUUUAUGAUCUCAACAUUCAAGAGCUACGGCUCGACGAGUUCCAAGAAGUUUGCCAAGGAACUUCAAAAGGCGCUAAUUGACAUGAAAUCGGUUAUUAAUAAGGCUACAAAAGAAAUGUCCAAGUUGUAGGAGAUCAUAUUUUGAUACUACUUUUUUUUAAAGAAUAACAUUUCACACGCCAUAACUAGUGCUCCUACGUGUUCAGAUCCCAAUGUUUUUUUUUCUGCUUUAUUGUAAUUGAUUGAAAAUGCUUGUAGAUAUUUUAUGAAAACAUUUUAUAUGAAUAAAUAAUUUGUAUAAUAAAUACGUUUCCGUCA